AUGGAAUUUUUGCUAGUUGUCUUUUCCUUGGUUCUUGUUCUUGCAACUAAAAAUGCCAAUGGCGGCGGUGGAUUUUCCUUUGAUGAGUACUACUAUCAAACAUUCGGAGGCAAUCAUCUUACCAUCCUUGACCAAGGAAACGAAGUUCAGCUUCUAUUGGACCAAUCUACAGGUGCUGGCUUCAGUUCAAGAAGAGAUUUUGGUUCAGGGUACUUUGGUAUCAGCAUGAAGAUACCAGACAAAAACAGUACAGGGGUUGACACAUCAUUUUAUCUAAUUUCAGUUCCAGUAGGACAACCAGUUGGAGGUGUGAAGCAUUACGAGGUUGACAUUGAAUUUUUUGGGACUAAUGGCAAUCCUCAUGUGCUGAGUACAAAUGUGUUCAUGAAUGAUUUUGGUGGGAAGGAGCAAUUAUUUCAUCUCUGGUUUGAUCCUACGGUAGAUUUCCACAAGUGGUUUGUCGAUGAAACUCCAAUCAGAGUUUGGAAAAACAUGUCAAAUUGGGGAGUGGGCUUUCCGGCAGUACCCAUGCAUGUGGAGGCAAGCAUUUGGAAUCCUAAUUGGCUCGGAACCAUAGAUUGGAGACAGGGCCCAUUUACGGCCCAUUAUCGUGAGUUUCCCAUCAACGGUUGCCGCUAUCAGGGUUCGAACCCGCGGGACUGCUUUUCCCAAAAUUAUUAUUGGAACCAACCGCAGUACAGCCAAUUAAGUCCUGAUCAACAACGUAAGCUUCAAGAAGCCAGGAGAAAUUACAUGUUCGAGGACUACUGUAAUGACCCAAUCAAGAAAGGUCAAGAAUGCCAGUUUAAUCAGUAG